CACCUCAGGCAGCACUUCUCGGUGCCUAUAGAGACCCGGUUUCUAUGUGAUGGGAAACUAGUCUCUGAGACCCACCCUCCCACCAUCUAAUAAUAGUACAUGCUCUCGCAUUCCCUCGCAGGCCUCCAGCACCUCCUUAUGAGCCUCCAGGGCCCCUCCCAUGUAGGUAUUCAGGAUGCCUCCAAUGCUCCAAUUCUUCCAGACGCUACUUCCUCCACUAACACAAGUACCAUUCAACAUAUUUGUCAGCUUGGUAGUUUUGCAGUACACUAAUUGAUAUCCUGCGCAUCAUCUUGCACCCCUCUUGUACUUCCAUUGCAUCCAUUGAUGCAUCCUCUGUCACACCCUCUUGCACCUCUGUCGUACCUCUGUUUCACCCUCUUGCACCUCUGUCGCACCCUCUUGCACCUCCAUCUCAUCCUCUUGCACCUCCAUCUCAUCCUCUCGCAAUCCUCUUGCACAUCCACAAGCUCCACCCCAUCCUCUUGCGACCCUCUCGCAGCUCUGUUCUAUCCUGUUGCACCUCCAUCCCAUACUUUUGCACCCAAGAGAGUGCAGACUGGCGACGACACUCUUGACACCACAGAAGCUGUGCUAUAACUCGUUCUCCACCGCGCGGAUUGUAUCCCGAGCUCCCUACGCUACUCGAACUCAAGCUUAGUGGACCAUGAGCAAAACGAGGCACAGUUAGAUCAUAUUCAGAUAAAUUCAAACAUUCACAUUACUCGAUGUCUUCCUUCCUGCCUGUCUCGUCCAUCUCCUCUCCCUCAUUAUCCUCCCCACCUUCUUCCCUCUUCCUGCUCUCAUCCGUCGUCCGUAUUCGUCUAAGUCACGUCAGCAGUUGCUGACGUGCACUGGGUGUUUGCGGUGUUGGGAAUGGCGUGGUGGAGCUUGAAUAUCGAUUGCACAAAGACACAGUCC